UCCGGGAUUGCGGCUCUUUUUUUCCCGACACAACCUGCGGCCGUUAAUGCGUCUGUGUCCGUGCGUUUCCAUGGAGACGGAGGAUUAACUCUGUGGAACCGGCUAACUGACCCACCGGACACACAGGGGUUACCGCCGGUCCGGCUCCUCCGCAGGCAGCAGACAUCAUGGAGGACCAGGUGGAUGCGGGGGGAUCAGAUGGUCUAGGGUCCAGAGGAGGUUCAGGGAUGAGACCCAUUACUGAGGAGCUGCUGCUGAACUGGACCAGAUGUCCAACUGUGGAUCUGAUCCAUUCUCUGAACCGGUCUCCUUCAGCCGGAGAACCGCACAUCCAGUUCAUAGAGAACCUUCACGGCCGUCAACGUCUGCAGGUCCAGAACCUGAACCAGAUCCAGAGGAUGGACCAGCUCAGCACCCUGACCCGGAUCCGACACCUGGAGCUGGACCACAGCCACAUCCGGAUGGACAGCGUCCCCUUGUGGUUGGGGAGGACUCUGCAUCUCCAGCAGGACCUCAUCACCUCGCUGUAUGAGGUCUCCAGACUGCGUUCUCUGAGCAGCCUAUCACAGCUGUCUGUGUCAGGAAGCCCUGCCUCCUCCCUGCCUCACUCCCGCCUCUUCCUGUUGUACCACAUCCGGACUCUGACCAGUCUGGACCAACAGCCAAUCACAGAGGAGGAGACAGGACACGCCCAGCAGCCUUUCCAUACCGGGGAGCCGGAGAACAAGGUCAACGCCGGCCAGACAGGUCAACGGCAGUCAGAGCAGAGCGGCCUGCAGAGGGAAGUCAACCUCGGCCAAUCAGAGCAGAGCAGCCUGCAGAGGGACGCCAUAACCUGGCUCCACCAGCAGGAGGAGACAAACCCAGUGGUGACCGACCACACCCACACACACCGACGUAAUCGCAAAGAGCUGGAGCAGGAGCUGCACGCCAAGACUCAGCUGUUGGAGCAGACAAGGGCGGAGCUAAGCCAAACCUUUCAGCGUCUGUACCAUGUGGAGCAGGAGCUGACCUUCUAUAAGUUAGACAGGAAACUCCGCCCACUGCACACCUGCAGCGCCAUGCAGGACGGUGCCAUAGACACUGUGGACGCCGUGGACAAGAGUCCGUACAUUGGAAAAGCCCGCCUCAUCUUGACGUCUGUCCCCUCCCCCUCAUCGUCUGGACAGAGCCCCCUGGUGGACGACUGCAGGACACAUGGGAGGACAGAUGAAGACAGUCUGAAGAUGCACAAUCACACAGAAGAGGACACACAACAGCAGGAGACAACACACACACAGGAGGCGCUGUGUCGUCUCCUCAGUAAACUGAUCGUCUUGGAGACUCUGAAAGAAGAAGCUGAAGACAUGAAGACACAGAAGGACGAACUUGACACACAACUACACAGUCUGGACACAACAGACACACAACCUGUCCAGAACCAGCUGUUGGUCACCAUGAACAGGAAGCAGAGCGAACUGGAGGGUCGCCUCGACGACACGUUGUCACGCAUUGCCAUAGAAACGCAGGAGAUCAAAGAGCUGGAGCAGCAGUUGACGGAUGGUCAGAUCCUGGUGAACGAGGUCCUUCAGAGGGACUUGGAGGACAUCAUCCGUGGACUUCAGCAGAACCUCAGAGGCCUCAGGGACCAGGCUCGUGUUGCUGAGCAGCAGAUUCAGAGUCUGAAGAUGGAAAACCAGGGUCUGCAGCUCCACCUGGAGGACAGUCAGAGACACUGCAGACAGCUGGAGGAGCGAGAGCACACACACUCACAGCUGCUGUGUGUCCAGCAGGGGGAGCUGUCUGAGCUGCAUUCACAGGCUCACACUCUCAGAGGACGACAGGUGGAGCUGGAGGCGGAGCUUCAACACCUGAGGGAGGAGCUGAUCUGUCAGCUGACUGUGGGGCAGGACGAGACGGUACCUCUACAGCAGACGGUCCACAAACUCCAGACCCACCUGGACCAGACCACAACCCAGGUACAGCAGACCAGAACCCUGCAGAGAGAGACCAGGAGCCAACUGGACCAGAUCACAGCCUCAGUGUUCCAGGACCAGCAGGUUCAUGGAGGCCUAGAUGAGAUCAGUCCUCAGGAUCUGGGUCUCUGCAUGGAGACCCAGAGGACCAGGACCAGCAGGAUGCAGAACAAGGACCACACCUCUCAGCUGGAAGUCGAGCUGGACCAGGACCAGAAGCUGGACCAGGACCAGGAUCUGGAGCUGGCUUCAGACUGGAGGCUGAAGGAGGAGGUUCAGGGACUCAGAGACGGUCUACAACGAUCCCAGACCAGAAGCAGACUCAUCCAGCAGAACCUGGAGGCGGAGCUACAGCGGGUCCACCUGAGGCUUGAGGACGUCCAGCAGGAGAGAGACACCCUACUGUCACAGUUUCGUUCACAGAGCGACAGCCACCAGAGGGCGAUGGAGCGCAUGGACAGGAAACUACGGCGGCUCAGCAGGGCCAUGUGUGAGUCCGACCAGCUGAUGGCGGAUCAGCUGAGAUCAGCUGUUGAACAGCUGACACACAUGAACCACAGCGUGGAUCUGAUCAACACCCAGAAAACAGACGAUGUGGGCGGAGUCUCUGAACAAACACAGACUGUGGAGGAUCUGAGAACCAGGUCCAGGACCAGUACUGGGACCAGGACCAGAGAUGGAGGCCAGUGGUGCUUUGUACCUGGACUCAGUGGUCCCAGUCUGGGCUCUCAGGGAACCCAGGACUCUGGUCUAGGGCUGCAGUACCUCAGUUCUCCUGACAGGGGGCGACAGCAGCACACAACGCCUGCAGGAGGAGGAGGACCCUGGGUCAACGUGGACACAGGAUCAGAGUGGAGCGACCCUGACAGGACUCCUCCUCCCGGUCCUGGUCCUGGUCCCGGUCCUGGUUACAGUCUCUGUGGACCACAGACACCUCUGGUGUGUCCAUCCUGUCUGCUUAGUGCUUCACUUCCAGCAGAGGGCGCUGCUCUUCACUGUAACAUCCCUGAACACCGAGACCUGUUUGACAACAGAGAUUCAGACAAACUAGAUGAAGAGAAGAAGAAACUACGUCUGGAAUCGAAACGACUGCGACAGACACUAAGACGCCACAGUCGUGCGAAGCUGCUGUGCGAGGAGGUGGAAUGUGUGGAGGAAACGCUGUUGAAGAGACGAGCUGAGCUUCGUGAGGCCGACCGACUCCUUCUGGAGGCUCGGAGCCGGAUCCAGACCAGCAGGGACCAGGUGGAGCUGAUGGAGCUCAGAGCUGAAGAUCACACCACCGCUGUGACAGAAAGCCAACAGCAUCUGAGAGAGCUGCAGGAGGAGGAGGAGGAGCUGAGGACAAGGAGGCGAACGGAGGAGCAGAGGCUGAAGGAGGUGGAGGAGGAGCUGAAGAUCAGAGAGGAGGAGAAACAACGGCUGGACAAAGACUCAGAGGAGGUCCGACAGCGGCUGUCCCUGGUGUCCUCUCAGUGUCUGGAAGCUCAGCGGCAUCUGGACUCAGUGGGCGUUCAGGUUCAGCAGGAGGAGCAGAGUCUGAUCCGGAUCAGAGACGAGACCACAUCCGCCCUGAGGACGGGGGACGAGCUCCGAAACCAGGAGAGACGACUCCAUGCCAGAGUCCAGGAACUGUCUGAACAGCAGGAGGCGCUGGCAGUCCAGACCAGGUCCACGGUCUCAGCUCUGACCCAGGACCGGCAGAGACUCGCCUCCCUGCAGACGGAGAUCAGCUCACACCAAGCAGAGCUGAAACAAGUUCUUCAGGAGCUGCUUUCAGAGCAACAGACACUGGAAGAUCUGAAAACCAAACGCAACCGGAACCUCCAGAGACUCCACAGGAAGAAGGAUGAACUGGAGACAACGAAGGACGAACUGGAGACGACGAAGGACGAACUGGAGACGACGAAGGACAAACUGGACAAAAUGGAUGAGGAGGUGGACAGGAAGAAGGAGGAGCUGGUUGCUCUGCAACAGGAAGUUGAGUCCCACAGGGAGAAGGUUGAGUCAUGUCUCAAAGAGACAGAACAACAGCGAAUAGAUUUGCAGGACUUACAGGAGGAGCUGAGCAGGAGCAGUGAGGAGAGGAGGUGCCUACAGGAGCAGUGCAAACACCUGGAGGCCAGGAGGAGACACGCCCACAGAUGUCUGUCAGCUGUGGAGGCGGAGCUAACUGCAGAGCGGGAGGAGCACAGCCGUACACAACUGCUCAAACAAGAAGUGAUGAAAGAAACAGCAGCCAAUCAGCAGCAGCUUAAUGAAAACUCUGAGCUUCUGUCCCUGCUGAGUUCGAAGGUGGAAGAGAGGAAGACACAACUACACAAUCUGGAGCAGGAGGUUGGAGUGUUAAGUCAGCAGCAGCAGAAGAAGAAAGAACAACUGACAGAGUUGGACAGAGAGAUCCAACACAAACAGAUGGUGUGUGUUGGCCUGGAGGACAGGGGGCGUGGUCUGGAGGACAGGGGGCGUGGUCUGGAGGACAGGGGGCGUCGGCUGGACCAACAGCAGCUGCACCUCCAACAGCUGAGGAGGGAGCUGCAGCGCAAGGAGGAGGGGCUACAGCAGAAGGAGGAGGGGCUACAGCACAAAGAGGAGGGGCUGCAGCGCAAAGAGGAGGAGCUACAGCAGAAGGAGGAGGGGCUGCAGCACAAAGAGGAGGGGCUCAGGCAGAGUGAGGCAGGACUGCAAAGGAAACAAGAGUCACAACGAGUGAAAGAGGAGGAGCUACAGAGGAUAUGGGAGGAGCUACACAAGAAAGAUGAGGACGUGGAAGACGGGGCCGAGUCCCAGGGCCAGACCUUCUACCUGUCCACAGCUGGGCCCGGGUCAGCGUUCGGUUCUGAGGGGAGUCCAGAAUCCGACCGGGAGGCGUCGACAUGUGGAUCCCAGGAGCCGAGGUGGGCGGAGCUCCAGGAGCCGAGGUGGGCGGAGCUCCAGGCAGAGAACCUGAGGCGGGAGGAGGAUCGGCUGAAGGCUCGUCUCCGCUGUCGUCUGUGGACGGAGCAGGAGAACCUGAAGGUGAAGGGGCUGCAGACCCAGGACAGUCUGCUGGGUCUGAGACACACACUGGACCGGCUGGACUCGCUGCUCGCACACACACACUGAGCGCCACCUGCAGGACGCACAGGACAGUCCACG